AUAAAAUGUUAUAAAUAAAUAAAAAAGUGAUAAAAAACAAAAUGGGCUUAUACGAAUAUACACCUUGGUUCUCCGAAGAUACAUAUCUGCUUAUUGUAAUAGUAAAACCUGUCCAACACAAAGGCCUUCAGCUCUCGUCUGUUCUCCCAGUUGUUGGACAGAACAAUUUAAAAGAAGAAAAAAAGAAAAAACAAAGUCCUGCUACAGAUGUGAGAGUUUAGGAGUUCAGGAAGAACAUUUCUUCAUCAUUCUGAUGCUCGGUUGGAACUAGAGCAGAUUGUGUUGAUUAUGUCUAAGGAGCAGUACCUAAUAAAGUGGUCAGUGAAUGUAUAUCUUAAUUAUGACUGCCAAUAAAAGAUAAUUUUAACACUUGAUUCAAUAUUUAAAUAGUUUGUGUAAAUCCACUUAUUUGGGGUUCAUGUUAAUAACUUGUUUGUAAAAUCUCAAAUGUGAUUUGAAGAGAAUUUAAAUGUAUUGUGAAGUUAAUGAUCUAUUUAGUUUUAUGAAAAUGCUCGGAUGCUAUUGUCUUCUGUGACUCACCAGUUUGCUUUGGGUCAACUUUGAGGUUGAUGGUUGUCAGUCUCUGAACUUUGUAGGCCAGGUUCUAUAAAAGCAGACACCCAUUGCAGUUGUCAUGGAUAAAAAAUCCAACCAAAGACGAGAAAAGAGGAUUUGGAAUCAGAAUAUAAGCAAGAAUCCAUACGUCACACACACAUGGAUUCUUGCUCAUAUGCUGUUACACGCAUGUUCUGAGUCUGAUGUGACUGUUGGACAAAACAUCAGUUUCUUCUUUGAGUCGUGAAAUGCAUUCACUCAGUAACACUUCUGAGGACCCCACUCUGACACACAUUUCAUGGUCUCUCUAGUGUUUUGGGGCUUUCCAUGGACACCAUGGCCUUUGGCUCCGUCACAAUCCAAACUCACUGUCAGUCUGUUAAAACUAAAAAAACAACUAAAAAAGAGCAUUUACCCUGAAAAUGUUUAAAGAUGUGAGGACCAGGACAAAUGGCCUCACAUUGUUGCGCAACAAUCAGACGUUGGUCCUCACAACUACAUAAAGACAGGCACACAUUCUCAGUGUUCAGCCUGGUACAGCAGUAAACAAUAUCACAAAGCCCUUCUGUCCUCUGCAACUCCAUACGGCCCACAUCGCUGCAGUCUUCAGUCUGACGGCAGCACCAGGGUUCUGCUGGACUCCUCAGGAGCACCACAGGAACAUGGACCCUAAGCGGCUUUCUUCAAGCUCCCAGCAGCAGGUUAUGCUCCGGAAAAAGAGGACAAAGAGAGAAUGGAGACCGCUGGAGGACCGCAGCUGCACAGACCUGCCCUGGUUCCUGCUCUUCACAGUCUUCUGCGUCGGCAUGGGCAGCAUCUGCGGCUUCACCAUCGUCACCGGCGGCGCCGCUCGCCUGGUUUUCGGAUAUGACAGCUAUGGCAACACCUGCGGCCAACGCAACGAGCUGAUCGAAGGCGUGCGACUGAGUGGCCUCGACCACACCGACAGGAAGUUCGUCUUCUUCUUGGAUCCCUGCAACAUCGACAUAGUUCAGAGGAAAAUCAAGUCUGUGGCUCUGUGUGUGUCCCUGUGUCCCGCUGAGGAGCUGCAGACCUACCAGGACCUGAAGAGAUUCGCCAUGGUCAACGGAUCGGAGUUGUGUUCUUAUGAGUUAGCUGCUCACAAAUAUCCCGGUCUCCCAGAGAGAAUCGAUAAAUGUCCCAAACUUCCUGUUCCUCCCAGUAAGCCUCUGCCGGUGUUUAACCGCUGCACCCCGGUGGACGUCUCAUGCUACGCCAAGUUUGCAGAGGCCGUGGUGACGUUUGUGGGCGACAGCAGUGUCUUGCACCGCCUGAUCGCCGGCGUCGCCGCCAGUAAAGAGAUCAUUAUCGGAUUGUGUGUUCUCGCUCUGGCUCUUUCCAUGAUCCUCAUGGUGAUCAUCCGGUACAUCUCGGCUGUCCUCGUCUGGAUCCUCACCUCGUUGGUCGUUCUUGGAUCCCUUGCGGGGACCGGCGUGCUCUGGUGGCUCUACAUCGACCAUCGGCUGUACGGCAACGACACGUCCCCCAAACUACCGAAGGAGGCCAAGGAGGAGAUGAAGGCGGAGCUUAGUGCUGACAGUGGGCAGGCUCUGCUGGUGUACGCCGUGUCCGCCAGUGUCUUCACCAUCAUCCUGCUGCUGCUGAUGCUGUUCAUGAGGAAGCGGGUGGCGCUCACCAUCGCUCUGUUCCAUGUGGCAGGAAAGGUCUUCAUCCACCUCCCCCUCCUCACCCUGCAGCCCUUCGUCACCUUCCUGGCUCUGCUGCUCUUCUGGAUCUACUGGAUCCUGGUCCUGCUCUUCCUGGGAACAAGUGGGAACCCGGAGCAGAACGAGGAGACAGGGCUGACAGAGUUCAGGUUGACGGGUCCUCUGCAGUACCUGACCUGGUACCAUGCUGUGGGUCUGGUCUGGAUCAGUGAAUUUAUCCUGGCCUGCCAGCAGAUGACAGUGGCAGGAGCCGUUGUUACAUAUUACUUCACCAGGGACAAGAACCGGCUCCCAGUGACACCGAUCCUGUCCUCGGUGCUGAGGCUGGUCCGGUACCACCUUGGCACAGUUGCCAAGGGAUCCUUCAUCAUCACGCUGGUGAAGAUCCCCAGACUCAUUCUCAUGUACAUCCACAACCAGCUGAAAGGACGGGAGAACGUGUGCGCCCGCCUCCUGCUGAAGACGUGCAUCUGCUGUCUGUGGUGUUUGGAGAAGUGCCUCAACUAUCUCAAUCAGAAUGCAUAUGCAGCCACAGCCAUCAACAGCACCAGUUUCUGCACGUCUGCACGUGACGCCUUCGUCAUCCUCGUGGAAAACGCUCUGCGCGUCGCCACAAUCAACGCCAUCGGAGACUUUGUGCUCUUUCUGGCGAAGAUCCUGAUCAUGACGUCGACGGCCUUCGCCGGUGUCCUCCUCCUGAACUACCAGCGGGAUUACACCGAGUGGCUGCUGCCGCUCAUCAUCGUGUGUCUCUUCUCCUUUCUGGUGGCUCACUGCUUCCUGUCCAUCUUUGAGAUCGUGGUGGACGUCCUCUUCCUGUGCUUUGCCAUUGAUACCAAGUACAAUGACGGCACGCCGGGGAAGGAGUUCUUCAUGGACAAAGCUUUGAUGGAGUUCGUGGAGAGCAGCAGGCGGCUGGGGCGAGCAGCAGAGCGCGGGCGGAGCCGGGUGAAGGAGGCGGUGUCAGAGGGGGCGGAGAUGAAGCCCAUGGCCCCAGGGACGAGUUCAGCUUGACCCAAAUCAGCCACUGGGACUACCUAAAGAGACAUUCCAAAUGUUUAUUUUUACCAACGUGUAACAUGUUUACUAUGGUUUCACUCCAGGGAAAACAAUAUUUUAAUAUGAAACUGUAAAAACGUAACAAUGUAAUGAAGCACUUUAUAUUGAAGCGCUGCAGAUUUUAAAUCGGCUGAUGCAUUUUUCGUAGUGAUGUCCUUUUUUAUAAAACUCACUGAACUCAUCACUCACUACCCCGUUCCUAACAGCUCAGCCACUUUUUAUUACUACUUCUGUUCUGGAGGCGGAAAACUUCUCACCCGGACUCCUUCAAAGGGGCGGGGCUUGUGUGCAGAGGUUGGAGUCUUGGGUUUGACAAAGACACUGUGGGAGAGAAGGAAGCACGUCUGAUUGGCUGUUGGCUCAGGGGCGCGACAUCAAUUUUUUUGACUCAACGUGGGACCCGCUGGAUAAGAUCAGGGUCAUGUGACCAUCAGCCCCAGCUGAGAGGGAGGAUGUUCCGUCUUCACAAGAAAACAAAAAGAUCGGCCAAUAAGAUGCAGUUGUUUUCAGUCACAUGCCUCUUGCCUUGAAGUCAGCCACUCCCUGCCUUGCGGUGGGUGACAGGGGAUCAUUAAAAUUCCUCCUUUCUAAAGUUGGAGAAGAAGACGUUGGGGAUGUGUGGGCGGAGCUUCCUGCUGCAGCAAUAACUCAAACCACAUCAUAUGACCACGACAAGUCUUCCUGCUUCUGUUCGAUGCAUUACACGCUCAGACAGGUAGUCUGAGCAGAGACUCAGCGGGACAGGAGCUUCCAUCCGCUGUGGCGAAGGUGCUCCUCCUCCGUCACCCCCUCCGAUUGUCUGGUGUGUUGCCUCCUUUCCCUGCAAAGUGAAUCGAUUGUGAGGCUGAAUCCAAGCGUCCACCCUCCAGACGGCAGUUUAGAUCAUUUUAGAAGAUAUGAUCUGUAAGAUUUUCCUAAAGUGAACCAAGUGUCUCAUGAAUGUCUUUCAGAAAUAUGUCCAUCUUCGAGCGACAGCGCCCAAACCCUCGCAGAUCUUAACGCUGCGCGGUGUGGAGCUGCAGGUGGGAAAAAAGCUGAUUGGUUGAUCUUCUUCGCCAAGAUCUGGAUCAACAUCAAGUUUAAUUGGCUAUAAAUUAUUUUGUAGAGACUUGUUCUCCAAGUUUUGUGUAAGGCCACAAAAAGUCAACACAACUAGUGAGACGUCUAGAAGAUCUCAGAGAGCAAACAGUUUCUAUGUGAUUAAUCUGUUCUGGAUCAGCACAUUUAAGCUCUGCUUUAACCUAAACUACCUGAUUCCAAACCAAACUUCCCCUGUAACCCAAGGAACUGCAGUCCAGAAGACCCUGUGAGGUGUGUUUCUGUUGGACUUCUGGAGUCUCCGUCCAUCAGAAUGAUAGCUUAGCUUGUGUUGAUGAAAGAGAUCCGUCCUUUAGGGUUCCGAUUCCUCUGUGAACCUCUGUUCAUGUCGCUCCUGAGAGACCAGUCAGCUUGUGCUCACACAGAACAAGAAGAUGCAGAUGAAAGGUAGUGGAACCAUCUCCACGGAAACCCCAGCUGUGAACAGGUUUUGCGUUAGGGUGAAGUCUGGCGGUGGGACGUCUGGAUUCAGCCUAAAGUUCAAGUUCCUUCUGUGAAUCAAAUGUAGAGCUAAUGCCUUUCUGUGACGAGGAGCUUCCUUCUCCUGCAGCACAUUUCAAACUGCAACUUCCCAUCAUGCACCUGACUGACGCUUUCAUCCAGAUGUUCAGAGAGCUGCUCCCAGGGUGGGGAAGAGAUUUCAUGCAACCAUGUGGCGACUAAAUUGCACUAUUGCACAUCAUCUGACAUCUCGGUGGCUCAGCAGCAACCUGUUAGACUCCGACAUCUUACAGCCCACACAUCAUGAUUGUUCCUCCUGUAAGAACAGCUCUGUGUGUUAACUGAAACGUGGGAGGUCACUGACAUGAGAGCAACAAGAAGCCCUUCAAAAGAAAGUUCUUUCAUUUUUCUAAUUCCGGAAUUCAAAGCAGGGGAAGACAGCUAAACUUUGACUUGAUGUCAAACAAAGUCCAAGCUGCUUCUGCUUUGCUUGGUAGAUUAGAUGAUAACAUUUAAAGCAACAUAAUCGGAGGAACGUUCUCCACAUUCAAUCUUUGUCUUGGUCUGCCAACAAUAAAAAACAUCUCGGCUGGUAUAAUCAACAGUGGCUAAUGUCCGUAAUGACUGGAAGCCUGGCCAAAACCAUCCUGACAAAUCUAGACCAGUCUCCGUAAUGCUGAACACAAUUGUUAAAGCCGAAAAACAAACAACGAAUUGUACUUUCUCUGGGAUACAAUUCAUGGAAAGUCAGUGAACAAGACAGGACAUUGUUUCCACCUCUUUUUUGCCUUUAACAUUAUCUAUUGUCUUACAUCCAAAUACCAGUAUGAGCUCUUUUACUGUAGCUGGAACUAACAUAGCAUGUAGCAGCCUUAUAGCAGAUGUUUUUGCUCCAAAACAAGACAGAUAUUUUAUCACGCAUGCUGAUGCAGGACAACAGCUGACGCAACCCCUUGUGUGGUCCUCCUACACCUCCUGAUGUAGCUCUCGAGUCCAACUGUCUCGUGGCGUCAAGUCAACUGCUGUGUUUUCAGACCUUUUUUGGUCAAUCAUAAAAGGCCAACCAAGCAUCAGAUGUUUUAAAAGUAAAUCAGGUUGCAAAACAGGAAAAACUAUAAGGAUCUUUAAGUAAUCUGUCAAGAAAAAACUCACACUAAAGAACAUUUUCUCCCAUUUUGAUGACAUUAUGGUUGAUUCCACAUUGCUCAUGUGUGAUGUCUGUUUCCCAUCCUGGGAACAUGUCCUCAGUUUGAAGCAUGCUGUUGUUCUUCUCCAUCAGCAAUCUCUACGCUCAAUUGUCUUAGACAUGUUUAGUGUAAACCCACUCCUCUCCUCUGCACAGGUUUCAAGGAUUUAGAUUAAUGUCUCUACUAGAUCAAGCUGAUCACUUAGCACAAGGCCAAACGACGAGUGGAUAAUCCUAAAAUAGCACCGCUGCCUAACAGUUGCAGAGUGGCUGGAAAUAAAGCAUGAAACCAAGUGGACUAAUUACAGUUUUUAAAGUUUGUGUUGGGCUGAUGCAUAGUUACAAAAUUUUGUGGAAUCCAUACUAACUUAGAACCACAAGCAUAACUUUAUACUGCACUAGCUUUAACGCUUUUUACAGCAUUUAACAGCUUAAAUGGGAUCUGGAUUGGCGGAAGUCUGAUCAUCUCUGACGACACCGAUUUGGUUGAUUUGGACGUGGAAGACAAAAGUCAGAUUUCUCUCAACAGCCUCAGCUGUCCUUGUUGGAGUUUAACCCUUCAGUCAGCAUCAGCCAGUCAGCUCACAGAGUUGAGGCUCCGCCCACUACAAGUGCAAAGGCAACAGGUGAGCGGGGUUGAAAAUGCUUCCGCUGAUCUGCCGCUUCAUGCCCUGAUCGUGACUUACUGCUGAUGUCAUCAGGUGUGUGUGGGUGGUUUGCCAAGUCAGCUUUAGAUGCUGGCUCUUGACUGACAGAUGGGCAAACAGAAGUGUCCGUUUCAGUAAGUGAUGCUCUUCAGCUGAGCUCAGACAUUCAGAACAAAAUACUAAAAACAGCGGCCAAGCCUCAACUGUUACACAGUAGGUAACCGAGAAAUGAUUGAACCGUUGUGUUCAGGAGAACAAACUGCAAAGGUUCCUCCAAGUCCUGUCAGGUCCCAGCUCCUCGUUUAAAGAUCACGAGGAUUUUCCCUUCAUUGCUUCAACGUUUCAGACAGACAGGGAGCUUCAUCUCAUAAGAAAGAUCCAACAGUAGCGGUUUGUUCUGGGGAUUUCCACAAAGACACAGACAGGAAGUAAAAACUAAGCAUUUCUGAAACUGUCGGAAGGAUUGCAGACUCUGUGGACCAGGGUGGCUCUAAUUUCUCACCCUCUUCACCCUGACGGUAGCUGUCUCGCAGCUGAUCCAAGCGGGGGUCACAGAGAAGCUGAUCCACAACAGGUUGCAUGUCCAUGUUUUGCAGCGUGGUUUUUGUACGAUGUGAGUAAUCUGCUGUUAGAAUCACAGGACUACAAACUCUAUUAGACGUCUUUGUGUCGUCUUCAAGAGACGCAAACAGAACUUUAGGCCGAUGCGUGAAUUUACCUGUCAGGUGUAACACUAGUGUUUAGCUUUUCUUUGCAGUAACAAGUCGUUUGUAACAUCGAAGAACUUUUUCUUUGGUUCUCGUUGAUUUUUUAUCUCUCAUUUCCUAUGUAUAUUUGUUUUUUAAGAAAAGUAAUAAAAUACAAACUGUGA